AUGGAGAAGUACAGGAUCCUAGAAGAGUUGGGGCAGGGUGCGUUCGGUAAGGUGUACAAGGCGGAACGUAAGGAGGACGGCAGCGUGCACGCUCUCAAGUGUCUCACCGUGGACUCACUGGAAAAGAGCGAAGUCGUGAUAAGGGAGAUCCAUGCUCUACAGCAGGCAGUAGGAAAACACCAGAACAUCUUGCAGUUCAUUGGCCUGAUUGCUGAGGGCGUCGGCUUGCACACCCCUGUACUGAACGUGUGGCUGAUCGUGGAGUACUGCGACGGGGGCACCCUGGACAGCUUCAUCCUCAAAGACAAGCCUAGCCGAGCGACCGUUCUGCAGUUAUUGUGCCAAGCGGCAGAGGGCGUCGCUUACCUGCACGGCAGGAACGUCGUACACGGAGCGCUCAAGCCUGACAACAUCUUGGUGGACAACUCCGGACAGAGACCAGUUGUUAAGGUUGCAGAUUUCGGCGUCGUGUGUGCCCGUGCACUGGGCGAGUGGGGAGACAACUACGCACAGACCAUGAUAAUGUACCUGUCCCCUGAACUGCUCCUAAAUAUUGUGGCACAACGAGACCUCUUGACGACCACCACCGAGGCUGAUGUCUUCGCCUUGGGCCUGAUCAUCGCCGCCAUCUUGGGUCAGAUGACAGAUUCAGCCGCCCCAUCGACAGAUCCCGCAGAUCCAGGGACAGAUCCCGCGACAGAUCCAGCCGCCCCAGGAAAGCUUGUGCCUGCCGUGUACGUGGAGGGAAAGCUUACGGCCGUGGCCAAGGUCAUGAUCACACAUCCUGAGUUCCCGGUGGCAGACAUGCUGAUGACCAGCGAACCACAGGGGUCUCCGGUAAAGGCCCUGGUUGUAUCCAUGUUGGGAGUUUAUCCUCACCAGAGACCGACAUCAGAACAGGUUCUCGGCAGACUGAGGCAGAUCACGGGCUCUUCUGGCGGGUGA